AAACAUCCUCUCUCGCUUGUCUCAACUUUCCUCUUUUCUCUCUUUGUCUUUGUGCGUCUAUGUAGGGAUUUGCAGAGUAGCAGCCACUCAUCUCAAGUUUCGACCUAAUGGAUUGAUUGAUUCAUCGUUUCUACCCCAAAAUUAUCUAUCCUUACACCUACCUGAAUCAUCUAAUCAGGCGAUCUCAUAGUUGGAUAUCUUAUUCGUUGAAUUUGAGCUUGUUAUUAUCACUGAUGGAAGAUGAUCAACAAAAAUUACAUGUGGGAAGUAUUGCAAGAAUAUAUGUAGAGUGAAGUAAGAACGCAAACCAAAAUUUAUGAAAACAUCAUCCCUGGCGAUUCUCUGUCAUGGAUAAUACUCACUCAGUUGCUACGCUGAUAGACUCUACGACCUCGAAGAUACAACAGCUUCAGAAAGCAUUUGCUGAACUUGAAAGCCACAGGGCUGUAACCCUUAAUUUAAAAUGGAAAGAACUUGAAGAACAUUUUCACGGGCUUGAAAAGUCUUUAAAGAGGCGUUUUCAUGAGUUGGAAGACCAAGAAAAGGAGUUUGAGAACAAAACAAUGAAAGCCCGAGAUUUGCUGGUGAAGAAGGAAGGAGAUAUAGUGGCCAAGGAACAAGCUUCAUUGGACAAGCUUCAAGAGAAGAGGGAUGCUGCUGUAUUUGCUAUUGCUAAUGUUCGAGAUAAGCACAGGAAGGUUUCAUCUGAUGAUCCAGCUGUUGUGACUACUGAGGGUCAAAAAGCACAGCCAAGCAUGGACGAGACACCACAAGAUGUUACAAUUUCUGAUGGUAGCUUGGAGGGAAUGAAAAGUCUUGAAAAUGAGCAUGCAGGUGUGAAGUCUUAUCCCCAGUUAGUGAAACUAUGUAAAGAGAUGGACUCAGAAGGGCUUCACAAAUUUAUAUCAGACAACAGAAAAAAUCUUGCUGCCAUAAGGGAGGAAAUUCCAUUUGCAUUAAGAGCUGCAAUCAAUCCUGCAUCUUUUGUGUUAGAGUCUUUGGAAGACUUUUAUCGUGUGGAAGCUCCCAAUAUGGAUGGAAAGAAGGAUUCAAAUCUCUUGGGUCUUCGCCGCACAUGUAUCAUGUUGAUGGAAUGUCUGAGCACUUUGUUAACAAGCCUAGAUUUGGUCUCUGCUUCUGAGGUAAUCACAGAAGAGGUUAAGGAGCAAGCAAAAGAAAUUGCUGAAGAAUGGAAGCCAAAGUUGGAUGAUCUUGAUCUGGAUGCUAGCAAUGGGAACUCGUUAGAAGCUCAUGCAUUUCUGCAACUUCUGGCAACUUUUAAUAUUGCCUCUGAUUUUGAUGAGGAAGAAUUGUCCAGGCUAGUACCAAUGGUUUCUCGUCGUCGACAAACAGCUGAUCUGUGUCGUUCCCUUGGACUGUCCGAGAAAAUGCCAGGUGUAAUUGAAGUACUGGUUAAUAGUGGAAGACAAAUUGAUGCUGUCAACUUGGCUUUUGCUUUUGAACUGACAGAGCAGUUCUCUCCUGUGGCUUUACUGAAAUCUUACUUGAAGGAGGCAAGAAAAGCUGUUUCACCAUCCAAACCAGGGAAUACAUCUCCCACUGUUCAGAAUGAGGUGAAUGAGCGAGAGUUGACUGCUCUUAAGGCUGUGGUGAAGUGCAUUGAAGAGCAUAAACUCGAGGAGCAGUACCCUGUGGAUCCACUGCAGAAAAGGGUUAUCCAGCUGGAGAAGGCCAAGGCAGACAAGAAAAGGGUGACUGAAGCAGCAAAGCCUCAACCAAAGAGACCUCGGGCUAACGGCGUUGGGGUUGGGCCUCGUGUUACUAACAUUCCUGCUGAAAAGACUUUCUAUCCUAGAGUUGCCGAAAACAGGUAUCCGCAGUACAUGUAUGAACGACCCUAUGUCUACCCCGGACCAAAUGACAACCAUUGUCCUUCUCUGCUCGGUUCUGCAACUUACAGUCUCUCCCCAGGACAUGGCAACUACUUUGCAAAUGGCUACCAGUACCAGACCGCAUAUCUUCACUAGUUAGAAAAAAUGGCCAAAAGGUGACUGAUCCUCAUGUUAACGGUUAGUCUUAACCCUGCAGAACGUUGAUGUUCCAAUGUACGAAUGAACUUAGUACCUAAAAAAAAUGACCCAGAAAAACGAGAAAAAAAAAAAAAAAAACUUGUUAAUUUGUUAGUUGAUGUACCAGAUGAUAUUUUGAUCCUCUAAUAUAUGCACUAUUGUUUUUCUUUUUUGUA